CCGUUUCAAGAUGGCGGACGACAGUGAGACAGCAGCGAGGCGGCCGCCGGCGAGGCCUCAGCGGCCGCCGGCGGAGGAGAACGACCGCGAGCACUGCAGCGACUGCGAGAACGAGGCGGAGCGCGGCUCGAACCGGGGUGGCUUGAGUCCAGCGAACGACAGUGGAGCCAAAAAGAAGAAAAAGAAACCAAAACGGAAGAAAGAGAAAGGAGGAGACCAACCUGAGCAGGCUCAGGACCAGCCAGUGAAGGUCAACUCUUUGCCUGCUGAGAGGAUCCAGGAGAUUCAAAAAGCCAUCGAGCUCUUCUCUGUAGGCCAGGGCCCUGCCAAAACCAUGGAGGAAGCCAGCAAGCGCAGCUACCAGUUCUGGGACACGCAGCCGGUGCCCAAGCUAGGAGAAGUGGUGAACACCCACGGUCCCGUUGAACCAGACAAAGACAACAUCCGCCAGGAGCCAUACACCUUGCCCCAAGGCUUCACCUGGGACGCCCUGGACCUUGGGGAUAGAGGCGUGCUGAAAGAGCUGUACACGCUUCUCAACGAGAACUACGUGGAAGACGACGACAACAUGUUCCGCUUCGACUACUCUCCCGAGUUCCUGCUGUGGGCCCUGCGUCCCCCAGGCUGGUUGCCCCAGUGGCACUGUGGUGUCCGAGUUGUUUCCAGCAAGAAGCUGGUUGGAUUUAUCAGCGCAAUUCCAGCCACAAUCCACAUCUAUGACACAGAGAAGAAGAUGGUGGAGAUAAACUUCCUGUGCGUCCACAAAAAGUUGCGCUCAAAACGAGUGGCUCCAGUUCUGAUCCGUGAGAUCACGCGGCGGGUUCAUCUGGAGGGAAUAUUUCAGGCUGUUUACACAGCGGGAGUGGUGCUGCCGAAGCCUGUGGGGACUUGCAGGUACUGGCACCGCUCCCUGAAUCCUCGGAAACUCAUCGAGGUCAAAUUCUCCCACCUGAGCAGGAACAUGACUAUGCAACGUACCAUGAAGCUUUACCGGUUGCCCGAGACUCCCAAGACUCCCGGCUUGCGGCCAAUGGAGCAGAAAGAUAUCUCUGCAGUGCACAAGCUGUUGACCGAGUACCUGAAGCAUUUCCACCUGACACCCAUCAUGAGCCGAGAGGAGGUGGAGCACUGGUUCUUACCUCAGGAGAACAUCAUCGACACCUUUGUGGUAGAGAGCGCCCAAGGGGAGGUGACAGACUUCCUGAGCUUCUACACGCUGCCCUCCACCAUCAUGAACCACCCAACUCACAAGAGUCUGAAAGCUGCUUACUCCUUCUACAACGUUCACACCAAGACGCCUCUCAUUGACCUCAUGAGCGAUGCUCUCAUCCUCGCCAAGUCGAAAGGAUUCGACGUCUUCAAUGCACUGGAUCUCAUGGAAAACAAAACCUUCCUGGAGAAGCUGAAGUUUGGGAUCGGGGACGGGAACCUGCAGUAUUACCUGUACAAUUGGAAGUGUCCCAGCAUGGCACCAGAGAAGGUCGGACUGGUGUUGCAGUAAGCGAACCCGACGAGGAGAGCGCAGCGCCGCGGAGGAGCCUGGCCCAGCAGAGGGGCUGCCCUCGCUGCUUCUGCCAAAACCGGAGCCGCGUGCGGAGCGGUGGAAGCAAGCCAGCCACGCAGACACCGGCUGAUUUUAACGACUGUGUCACGCAGUGCCGGCCACGGCUUCCCCAGUGCCGGCAGUGGUCUCCUUUGUUUUGAUUUAAUUGCAUCCUCGUAAAGACGUGAUCAAGGGAAUGUAACUGCUGAAACUAGCUCAUGAUUGGCAUAUAAUGGAGUUAACGGGUGAAUAAUAAAAGUAUAUAUUAUAUAUAUUUUAAA